AUGCAUUUCUUCCUCCUCGGCGCAACAGGCCGCACUGGCAAACAAGUUGUCUCUGAGCUUCUCGCCCAAAACCACACAGCCAUAGCCCUUGUGCGAAAUUCCGCCAGCAUCACCACUCAGCCUGGCCUUACGAUCGUUACUGGUUCACCGCUUUCAAAAGACGAUAUACGCAACGCUUUGAAGGCAACGCCUGGUCACUUACCCAUUGCGGCUAUCAUGACUCUAAACGCAGUCCGCAAGUCCGACAGCCCAUUUGCAGCACCUCUUUCACCCCCUCGUUUCCUAGCAGACUCAUGCGCCAACGCCUGUGAGGUUUUGGAAGAAGCAGGCAUUUCUCGCUUUGUGGUCAUGUCUACUGCCGGAGUGGGAGAUUCAUGGGUCCAACUACCCUUGCUGAGCAGAGCUUUCAUGGGCUUGACUAAUGUCAAGUACGCACUGAAAGAUCAUGGCUUGUUGGAUGAGGAGAUUCGGCAGACUCCUUUGGAUUGGACGCUUGUUAGAGCCGUGAGACUGGAGUUUGAAAAUGCGGACAAGAAGGAGAUGGAGAGGCUUGGAAGCGCGGGUGUUGGGAUGACCAUGUCUGAUCGUGCAAGUGUUGGCAGCGUGGCCAGGUUUCUGUUAAAGGUUGCGGUGGAAGGAUUGUUUGUUAAGGAAGCGGUGGUUGUGAGAGAUUGUUGA